AUGGGUACUCUGGCACAGAUGAAAGAAACACCCCCUGGAUGCAAAGUCUGUUCUUCAAUAAGGUCCAUUGUGGAGCGCUGCAUUGGGCUGUUGAAAAGCAGAUUCCAGUGUCUGCAAAGACACCGGACUCUGUAUUAUCAUCCAACAACAGCCACCGUCAUUAUAUUGUCUUGUGCAGUGCUCCAUAAUAUGUGCCUUUCAUCGAGGGAGGCAGAACCGGACCCUCACGAGCCAGGGUUGGAGUCUGGGCCGAGCUCGGAGGGGUCAGUGGCGGAUGACGAGAGGCUAGCUCCUGCCCACCCUCGGGUCAGCCUCUCGGACAGGGGGAGGGCUCUGAGGCAGCGCCUUGUUGCCCAGUUCCGAACCCGCCACAGCCAUGCCUCCCCGGUGCCCCACGCAAACCACGAUGGCAGUCGCGCCCACCAGGGACACCACCAGUGCCAAGGAGUCCGUCGCCACAAUGGAGGUCCCGCCCAUCAGGGACACCAUCGGCGACAGGGAGCCCCUCAUCGUCCUCGCCACGGUGGCACUCCCGCACACCAGGGACGCCACCGGCGACAGCGCACCCCUCGUCCUCCUCACCUCGACUGA